GGAGGGACGAUAUAAAGAUGAGCGGCUCGCGAACCAACGGAUUAGAAGAAACAUUUUCUCGAUAUCAUGUUGCGGUAUCGGACAAUCGGGCUGUGCGCCCUGGUGGCCCUUUCCUGCGUACACGCGCAAGAUGCUGAAACAAGGGCGAGACGUUUCGCGCACCUCGACCAUCUCGGUCAACUAGGAGCUGGAUUAGAAAGAUUAGCGGGUGGAUUGGGAGGUGGAUUAGGAGGCGGAUUCGGUGGAGGAUUCGGUGGAGGUGGCGGUGGUGGAGGUGGAGGUGGAGGUGGCGGAGGCGGCGGAUACGGUGGAGGUUAUGGCGGCGGUAGCGGUGGAGGAUUUGGAGGUGGAAAAGGAGGUGGUGGCGGCCUAGGAGGUGGUCUUGGAGGAGGAGGCGGACUUGGUGGAGGUGGUGGACUUGGUGGAGGUGCCGGUGGUGCUGGAGGACAUGGAGGUGGUGCUGGGGGUGCUGGAGGACAUGGAGGUGGUGCAGGUGGUGCUGGAGGACACGGAAGCGGAAACGGUUGUGGCUCUGGAGGUUGUGGUGGAUCUGGCGCAGGAGGUGGCGCUGGAGGAUAUGGAGGAUCUGGCGCAGGAGGUGGCGCAGGAAGUGGCGCAGGAGGUGGCGCUGGAGGAUAUGGUGGAUCUGGCUCAGGAGCUGGAGGCGGAGCCGGUGGAUAUGGUGGAUCUGGCGGAUCUGGCGCAGGAGGUGGCGCUGGAGGAUAUGGUGGCUCAACUGCUAGUGGAGGAGCUGGCGGUUACGGAGGAUCAGGAGCUGGAGGCGGUGCAGGUGGAUAUGGUGGCUCAGGAGCUGGAGGAGCCGGUGGAUAUGGUGGCUCAACUGCUAGUGGAGGAGCUGGAGGUUACGGAGGCGGUUCAGGGGCUGGAGGUGGAAACGGCGCUGGCGGAGGUCGUGGAGGUGAGUUUCGCGCUGUACGGAGUUGGGGAGGAUCAACCGGAGUAACUAAAACUGGCGGUUAUGGUGGUGCCGGUGGUUAUGGAGGUGGUGCAGGAACAGGCGGUGGUGCAGGUGGUGGACGCGGUGGCGGAGCAGGUGGAUACGGUGGCGCUGGAGGUGGAGCAGGUGGUUAUGGAGGCGCUGGUAGUGGAGCAGGUGGUUAUGGAGGCGCUGGUGGCGGAGCAGGAACUGGUGGUGGCGCUGGACAUGGCGGUGGCGCUGGACAUGGCGGUGGAGCAGGCGGUGGCGCUGGACGCGGUGGUGGAGCAGGUGGAUACGGUGGCGCUGGUGGUGGAGCAGGCGGAUACGGUGGUGCUGGCGGUGGUGCAGGUGGUUAUGGCGGCGCUGGUAGUGGUGCAGGCGGUUAUGGAGGCGCUGGUGGUGGAGCAGGAUCAGGCGGUGGCGCUGGACGCGGUGGUGGAGCUGGUGGAUACGGUGGUUCAGGAGGUGGAGCCGGUGGAUACGGUGGCGCAGGAAGUGGAGCCGGUGGAUACGGUGGCGCAGGAGGUGGUGGAGCUGGUGGAGCCGGUGGAUACGGUGGCGCAGGAGGUGGUGGAGCCGGUGGAUACGGUGGAGGUGGGCCAGGAGGUAACUGUCCUGGAGGAUGCAAAGGCGGAUAUGGAGGAUCCAACGCUCAUGCUAGUGCUAGCGCAACCGCCAAUGCUGUUGCCGGUGGGAGCGCCAGUGCAUCCGCCAAUGCGAAUGCAAACGCUGGCUAUGGAGGCUUUGGUGGUUUCGGUGGUCCCGGUGCUCCUGGACACGGUGUAGACAUCUUCUCCCGUAUGGGCGACGUCGAAGAAGGAGCGGAGAAGAGCGGUACCGUGACCGGCGCCAAGGGUGUCUACAGCAACAGUGCAGCCAACAUCGAUUCGUCCGGGAAGGGCACGUACAAAGUAUCCGCGGGCAAGAUAAAGUAAAUGGUGUCCUCCCGAAACUAUUAGAAUUUCAAAUCAGUGGUCAUAUAAAAUCGGUUUUCUUCAAAUUCGGAAAACUUUAUCGAUGAUGUACUAUAAAGAGAUUUAUGUGAUUUUAUGUGAUUAUGGCGAUAAAAUAUUUGCAAGCUUCGACACAAAACAGACAGAAAAUUUUGUCGAUUUCAUGAGCAACAUUAGCACGCGACUGUCGCGUGACGAAAAUCCAUCACUGCGUACGGACAGCUUCACAGUAUGCAAAUUGUACAGUUUUAAUAAACAAUCGUUUUAUUCACACGUGUAAAA